AUGGCAGAAGACAAAGGGGAUAAAUCGUUCAAAGACUUGGGCGUGAACGAACAACUAGCCGACGCGUGCGACAAUCUCGGCUGGAAGAACCCUACAAAGAUACAGGCAGAAGCCAUACCUCUUGCUCUGGAGGGCAAGGACAUAAUCGGGCUCGCCCAGACCGGGUCGGGUAAAACUGGCGCCUUCGCGAUUCCGAUUCUGCAGGCGCUUUUUGAGGCCCCGCAGGCUUUCUUUGCCUGCGUGCUUUCCCCCACUCGUGAGCUCGCCAUUCAAAUCGCCGAGCAGUUCGAAGCCUUGGGGUCGGUAAUUGGGGUCAAAUGUGCAGUGCUUGUGGGAGGGGUAGACAUGGUCCUGCAGAGCAAUGUCCUUGGCAAACGUCCACACAUUGUGGUUGCUACACCUGGUCGUCUUGUUGAUCAUCUUACCAAUACCAAGGGUUUCACUUUGCGUACACUGAAAUACUUGGUACUGGAUGAAGCAGAUAGAUUGCUUAAUGAUGAUUUUGAGAAAGCAAUUGAUGAAAUACUAAAUGUUAUCCCUCGUGAACGGAGGACAUAUCUAUUUUCUGCAACCAUGACCAAAAAGGUGAAAAAGCUACAAAGAGCUUGUCUGAAAAAUCCUGUUAAGAUUGAAGCCGCUUCAAAAUAUUCUACUGUCGAUACGCUUAAGCAGCAGUAUUGUUUUGUUCCUGCAAAGUACAAGGAUUGUUACCUUGUCUACAUUUUGACCGAAAUGUUAGACAGGACAUCUAUGGUUUUCACUCGAACGUGUGAUGCCACUACACUCUUGGCCCAUAUUCUUCGAACCCUUGGCUUUGCAGCCAUUCCAAUUAACGGCCAUAUGACCCAGUCAAAAAGACUUGGAGCUCUAAACAGAUUCAAGUCUGGAGAUUGCAAGAUUCUUAUCUGCACCGAUGUUGCCAGUAGAGGACUCGAUAUUCCAUCCGUAGAUAUGGUUAUCAACUAUGAUAUCCCGACAAACUCAAAGGAUUAUAUACAUAGGGUGGGGAGAACAGCUCGUGCAGGACGAUCGGGUGUGGCGAUAUCCAUUGUGAAUCAGUAUGAGCUGGAGUGGUAUUUGCAGAUCGAGAAGCUCAUAGGUAAAAAGCUGCCCGAGUAUCCAGCUCAGGAAGAAGAGGUUUUGUUGCUACUGGAACGCGUUCAGGAGGCCAAACGAAUAGCUCAAAUGGCAAUUAAGGAAGGUGGAGGCAAGAAGAGGAGAAAAGGUGAUGGUGGUGAUGAUGAUGGUGAAGAUGAAAUCAAAAAGUAUUUGGGCGUUAAUAAAGGGAAAGGGAAAGGAAAAGGGAAAUCGUCCAAGAAGGCUAAAAGAAGGCUGUCACUUAUUCGGUGUGGGAAUCAAGAGGGCAUACGAGGAAAUACCUAUCGAGGUCGCCAGGAUCGUGAUGAAGAUCGCCUUCACGUCAAACUUCUUGAUGCUUGGAAUAUGGUGGAAUUGGUGAAAGGUGGCGGUUUCUUGCUCUAG